AUGAUGAAAUCGACGAAAAACACUGGUUCAAAGGGUGUGGAGUUAAAAUCGCCGUGCGAUAAGGGUAAUUAUAACAAUCAAUAUAAAUCCCGAAACGAGGAACUUCCAGUCAAGUCGAAAGCCAAAAAGUCAGGUAAAUAAAAAUAACUAAAAUAUUAUUAAUAAUGAAAUAAUAAUUCAAAUUAACGAUUUAUUUUACCCCGAAGCUGGGGAAGGAGAAAAAGAAAAUAGAAUUUGCAGCUUAAAACCUUCAGUUGUUCAGAAAACGAAGAGCCAAAGUAAAAUUAAUAAAACCGCCCUUUUUAGAGAUAACAGGAAUAAUACAAUUCACAAGAUAUCGUCGAAUUUAAUAUAUACUCGCAGAUUUUCGCGGUAUACAGACGUCCAAAAGCGGUUAAAAACCAAUAAAUUCAAAUCAACAAAUGAGAACAUUGGAAAAUUCGACGAAAAUUCCACCAAUUAUAAAUUGUACGUGAACACAAACACAAACAAGAAAAACAAACCGUUGUUGAAAUACUCAAUAUGUGUGGAUUUAAACGAAAAACGAAAAACAAAUAAACGCACCGGUUUAUGUUCGGAUCUUCCGGGAAAAGGGACUUAUAAUCAUCGGUUUGCAUAUGACCAAGCGCUGAAAUUACACGCACAGGGUGUUGAUGUAGACGUAUUGUAUAAAGUGAAAAACAGCUUGGACUCGGUUUAUGUUGUAAACGGUACAUUUGCGAGGACAAACUAUAAACGACCACGCACGAUUAAAUACAAAGAUCAACCAAACACUUCUAGACUAACACAAAACCAUACGACUUGCGGUCAUAAUCAACCGAUUAAUAAACAACCAAUUAAUAAGCAACCGAUUAAUAAGCAACCGAUUAAUAAUCAUCCGAUUAAUAAGCAACCGAUUAAUAAUCAGCCGAUUAUUAAGCAAGAGAAUAAUAUGGUUGAAUUACAAAAACCUGAUGAACCGAAAAAAAGAAAAAAAAAGAACAAAGAUGAAGCAGCACUACGGUUAGAAGAGUAUAAUAAAAAUUUGGAAUUAGAAGAAGAAAAUAGAAAGAGAUUAUUAGCGUUAGAGGAAUUAAAGAAAGAGAAACUCGAAAGACAAAAACAACUAAAACGAGAAGAAUUGAUUAGGAAACAAAAGAUCAGGGAAGCCGAAAGGGAGCAAUUGAGCAAACUGUUAAAUAUUAAGUCGGACGAAAACAAAGCAAAAAAAAAAUUAGACACUAAAUUAAGUAAAGACAAUAAACGACGAGCGAGAGAAGAACAAAUGGAAAGAGAUCGUUUAAAAUAUAUAGAUGAGGAAAAUAGAAAAUUAAUGCGACAAAAAAUGAAACAAUGUCUAGCUUUGAAGUUCCAAAAAAAUAAUGUGAACAUUACCAUAAAUAAACUCGAUAUGAAUCCUGUCGAAGCAUACGACAAAUGCGAGGUACCUACCUAGCUUUUUGAACAGUAAAUUUAAAAACUAUUUGUUUCUAAUAUUAUAAUACAUUUAUUUUAAUCUAUGUGGUAUGGUAUAUAAAAGAGUCCUGCUCGUAGUAUUUUACGUAUUAACAAUUGCUAAACACAAAUUAUGAACAUUUACAAUUAAAGUAUUAAUAGUUAUUAACAACAAAUUCGAUCACUUUUAUUUUUGUCAAUGACCUUUGUCAUGUCUCAAAAACAUGGUUUACAGGGUUAACUCUAAUGCCUCGUAAAAACUUUUGAUUAUGACUUUUUUUUUUUUUUCAUCGAGUAGAAAACAACCAAUGUCAGUCUGACACGCCAAAAGCCUCUGGAACAUUUUAAAGGGGCCCCGUAGAUUAACUAAUCAAAGGUAAAAAUUAGUGUGUAAUUGGGUCGGAAGUCGGUUUCAUCGGCCAGUAAUAUUUCUAAAAAUAACAAUGGAAUUCCUGGUGACUUAUAUUUUUAUAUAUACAAUAUACAUACACUAACUAACUUCUUUUAAAAUAUUUUUAUUGAUGACAAAAAUGUGAAAUUCAAUAUGUAACUAAGUUAAUACUAGGGUUGCGUCAGGUCGACAAUGGGUGUAAACAUUUUUCAAACAGCAUGAGCUAGGAGUUCUAGACAAGAUUUUGGCGGAUUGUGCCAUCUAAAAUGUAUGCGGGGGUGACAGGUGAGAGAAGAUUCUAUGGUGUUUAUAUAACUUUAGUAGGAGAAAAUCUAGAAUAAGUUAACAAUAGGCUUGAUGAAUGGAGAGUAGCCCUUGAAGGAAAAAAAAAAAGAAUAAGUAGAAGUAAAACAAGUAUAUGAGUUUAGUGAAAUUGGACAAGAUAGCUAACAACAGUAAGUGGUAAUAGGUGAAAUUUGAGAUUUAAGUUCCUAGAAUCUUUUAUACGAAAUAAUAGUGGCAUUCAUAAAGAAGUGAAACAUAAGUUUAAAUGUGAUUGGAUAAAGUGGAGAGCAACGUCAGGUGUUUUAUGUGACAAGAAGAUUACAAUUAAAGGUAAGUCCUACAAGAAUGUAGUAAGACCAACUAUGUUGUAUGGUUCGGAAUGUUGAGUAGUAGACAGAUGAAUGUAACAGAGAAUGAUUGGGGCAGAUAUAAAAAUGCUUAAGCGAAUGUGUGGAAUGACGAGAAAAUAUGGGAUAAGGAAUAAGUAUCUACAUAAGAAGUAGUUUAGGCGUGAUUCCAAUAGUAGAAAAAAUAAUAAAAAAUAGACUGAGAUGAUUUGGGCAUAUCAUGGGAUGAGAGGAAUCUGAAUCAGUAAGAAUAGUAAUGAAAAUAAACGUAGGAGGAAAGAGAUGGUUGGAUACGAUUGAGAAUGAUAUUAGGACAGCCGUGGAUUAAAGGCGGGAGAUCGGGUCAAGUGGAAGUUUAGAACGAUGGUGGCUGACACAAAAUAGUUGGAAUGAAUACAAAUGAAAACAAGAAGAACUAAGUUUAUAGCUAUUAAUUUAAUUACAUUUUUAAACGAUUAGCUUUUAAUUUAACAUUAAAAAUGAAUCUUUCAAUCAACUUAAGUUAAUUUUGUCUGUAUUAACUUAACUUAACGUAUUAAACAAAAUUGUCAACUUGCCCAGCCUUGUCAAAAACUACAGAAUAAUAAAUUUUAAAAAAAUAGUCAUAUUUAAACUCUUAUUAUUAGAGCGCGGAUUUGUAUACAUUUGCAUAUUUAUUCUGGUUGGUCGUAUGAUAUGCUACACAAAAUGUGUUUCAUGACGUACCGGUUUAAAAAAAUUAACUUUUUUAAUGCAUAUUUUUACAUUCACCAUUUUGUUUUCUAUUUUAGGGACUUAAAUUAAACAAUUUUAAUUGCAUAUUUUUAAAUCAUUUUUUUCUAGUUAAAAACGUCAUUCGUAUUUUUAUAAAAUAAUUAAAUCGUGAAAUUGUACGUUUUCCUACUUUUUUUUUUACCACUUAUGCGAUUUUAUUUAAAAAAAAUAGAGUCGAAAAUCGAAAAUGACCUUGCUAAAAUACAAUCUAGACAGCUUGAGCUGCUUUCAGAAAAGUUACCACACGUAAAAAUCGGAACGAGUUUACUAGGAAAAAACGUGUCCACAGACUAGCAGGAGAAAAAAAAAUAAAUAAACAGCAUUGUAAAACCAAUAGCUCCCUGGAUACGGCUCGAAAUCUAAAAUUAAUGAUAAUAAUUUUAUCGAAAUUAAGACUGCUCUACAGGGCAGGAGAGUUGACCUUGUAUACGUGUUUUUGGGCAUUUAUUUUAAUAUUUGACUAAAUUAAAAUACCGACUAGACACCGAUAUCAAUCUGAUUACCUAUUAUUUGUUUUUUGAUAAAUUUUGACUGCGCAGUUCUUAACAGCGGACGUGAUUUUAUUAUUUCUCUAGGCCAUCACAGAUUGCGACAAACUUAGGGCUGCGGAAAAAUGGGCAUUGCAGUGUAAUGGCAAUGAACAUGAUAUUUCAUGGUUGAAAACCGUGACUUGUCGGAUCGAUUCUUUGGGCGGGCGAGUGGACAAAUCGUACAGAAAUAAAUGGAUGCGAAACGCAUUGGACCUGGCAGUCGACGAUAUGGCAGAGAAAAAACCGCUGUCGGGCGGUUGUACGAGUAAUCUGCUACAAUGUUGCCCUCGGAAGUCGCCGUGCGACAAAAACAUCAAGGCGAGAUUUUUAUUUCAAAUCGUGUCGCGCUAAUGGGGGCGGGGAGGGAGGAGGAGGCCUGCCUGUGGUCAUUCCGAACGAUAGUCGAAAUUCGACAUCGACAUAUCUUGGGCGAACCGUUCAAUUAAAGUGAUCUUUUUCGCUUUCAGGUCUGCUCCAGCCUGGUGAUAAAGACCAGGAGGACGGCGUGUUGUCAGCGGCCCCGCGAUCACCGCGACAGGCCAACCGCGACGUGCAACAUGCACAAGUCGCGCAAGUUUUCCGUUUGUCCCGCGACGGGCGCCGUGGCGAUAACACGCCGCGGCACCGACAACAGCCGUGA